UGAAUCAGCAUGCGAGGACUUGUCAACUCAGUUGCCAAGGUUGACUGACCCAAAUAAAGGUUUCAAUCUUUCUGUGAUAUCAUUGAUACUUGGAGUUGAUUAUCCGUUUGCCAAUUCAAGAGCCACGCCAUUCACUUUCUUCUACUUGUCUCAACCCAAAAUGGGGUUCCCCUACUUUUGUUUGGCCUUCUUGAUUCUUGUUCUUGCUUUCAAGGCAAGGAUUCUAACAAGUCAAAAUCUGUUAUGCAAUAUGAAUGAUUUGAAGGCCUUAAAUGGUUUUCAAAGUUGUUUAGGAUCAACCAUUGAAGGAUGGGACAAACCCACUUCCUUGGAUUGCUGCACAUGGACAGGAGUUACAUGUUCUGCUUUGCCUAUCUUAGGCAGAAGGAUAGUUGGCUUGGAACUUGACAGCAAAAGACUCUCUGGGAAAAUUUGUGAGUCCUUAGCUGGUUUGGAUCAGUUAAAAACCUUGAAUCUUUCAAACAACAAUCUCAGUGGAAGUCUGGAAGACAAGGUUUUUCGCUUUUAUAAUUUGGAGAUUCUCGACUUGAGCAACAAUGGCUUCACUGGAACUAUAGCUGCAAGUAUCUUUGAAGUUUCAACCCUCCUUCGAGUUCUUGACCUCUCACAAAACCAUUUCUAUGGAGAAGUACCAAACAUCUUAGGCAAUUGUAAAUCUCUUCAGGUCCUUUCCCUUCCUGGGAAUGACCUAUCUGGAAAUUUACCCGAAAGUGUCUUCCAGCUCCAUUUUCUAAGUGAGCUCCAGCUUGGGGAUAAUCGCUUUUCAGGACAACUUAGCGAUGGAAUUGGAAAUCUUUCCAACUUGGUCAAAUUGGAUAUUUCGCUUAAUCAUUUUUCAGGUAGUCUUCCAGAUAUUUUUAGCAGCCUUGGUAAGCUUGAGCACCUUUAUGCUGCUUCAAACAACUUCACUGGCCACUUACCUGCUUCUCUGAUCAACUCAAUAUCUCUUACGAUCCUCAAUAUCAACAACAACUCUUUCGAUGGUCAGAUCAAUCUCAAUUGCACUGCCAUGGUUAAUCUGAUCUCCCUUGAUCUUGGUUCCAAUUUCUUCCAGGGUCCUCUCCCCGAACGGCUAUUCACUUGUCGGAAACUGAGUAGUAUUAACCUUGGCCGUAACAAGUUCAAUAGUGUGAUUCCAAGUAGCUAUAAGGAAUUCCAGUCAUUGUCAUACUUCUCUGUAUCAAACGCAAGCAUCCAUAAUAUAUCAGCAGCCCUUGAAGUUCUCCAGCAUUGCAAGAAUUUGAGUAUGCUUUUUCUCACAAUGAAUUUUGUUGAGGAGGAGAUACCUAAUCAGGUGAACUUUCAGUUCCAGAGCCUUGAAGUGUUUGUUAUGGCCAAUUCUCAACUCAGAGGUAGGAUUCCGAAUUGGUUGAGUGGCUGCACCAAGUUGCAGCUAUUGGAUCUGUCUUGGAACAACUUGUGGGGAACCAUUCCUCCCUGGUUUGGUAAGUUUGAAUUCCUUUUCUACUUGGAUUUGUCGAACAACUCUUUGAGCGAAGAAAUACCGGAGACCUUGACCGGAUUAAAGGAACUAAAGAAAGAGUUUAACUUCUCAGAAGUGCCUAUUCUAACCUUCCCAGUUUACAUUUAUCAAAAAGGUGCAAAGGGUUUCAAGUACAAAAAGAUGUCAAACCUUAGACCAUCUUUGGUUCUAAGUGACAACAAUCUAUCUGGACCAAUCUGGCCAACCUUUGGGAACUUGAAGAUGCUUCAUGUGCUGGAUUUGAAGAGGAAUAAUCUUUCUGGAAUCAUUUCCAAAAGCUUUUCGGGUUUGAAGAACUUAGAAAAAUUGGAUUUAUCUGAGAACAAUCUCAGUGGUUAUAUUCCUGAUUCAUUGUUAGAACUUCACUUUUUGUCCAAUUUUAAUGUGUCAUACAAUAUGUUGUCUGGAAAAAUCCCUUCUGGGGGUCAGUUUGACACCUUUCCAUUUUCAAGCUUUGUUGGUAACAAGGGCCUUUGGGGUUUAAACUUUUUUUCUCCUGGUGUUCCAAAAGAACAGCACACUACUACUACCACUACUACUACUACUACUACUUCUCAAGCUCAAAUUGUAGAUUUUGGUUUGCUUUUUCAUUUGGGGACUGUAGCUGGUUUUGUUAUUAGUGUAACGAUUUGUUUUCUGUCUGGAUGGGUGUUUCAAAAUGCAGAAAAGAAAGAAAAUGAUGAAUGGUGAAAUUGAAGGUUCAUGGAUGAGAAAAAGUCGUGGGUUUGUGUGCAUACGUAAACGUAAUGUAUUCACAAUGUUCAUUUUGGAUAACUGCAAUAAUGAUUUUUUGGUUAUUAUAUUUUCA